AUGGUCUCUGGCUCUGUGAGCGCGUCCACCGAUCGUUUUGGCGCCGUGUUGGCCGGUGUGGCCGGUGUGGCCGGCCAGGUGCGGGCGUUGCCGUGGCUUCUGCUGGCUGUGGCAUGGUGCCAGGCGCAGGCGCUGAAGCGGCGGGCGGCUGCUGCGGCGCCGUGCCAGGUGCAGGUGCCUCCAGUGCUGUCACUACAACAGGUGGCUGAUGCUGCGGCGUGGUGCCAGGUGCGAGCUGCUGCUGCGGCGUGGUGCCAGGUGCGGGCUGCUGCUGCGGCGUGGUGCCAGGUGCGGGCUGCUGCUGCGGCGUGGUGCCAGGUGCCUCCAGUGCUGUCACUACAACAGGUGGCUGGUGCUGCGGUGUGGUGCCAGGUGCGGGCUGCUGCGGCGUGGUGCCAGGUGCAGGUGCCUCCAGUGAUGUCAAUACCACAGGUGGCUGAUGCUGCGGCAUGGUGCCAGGUGCGGGCUGCUGCUGCGGCGUGGAACCAAGCGCCUGCUGCGGCGUGGUGCCAGGCGCAGGUGCAGUCACGGCUGCUGGCUGCGGCGUGGUCUGCGGCGUGGUGCCAAGCGGCGUGGUGCCAGGCGCAGGUGCUGCUAGCGGCGGCGGCGGCUGCGCUGUCGCGGCUGGUGGCUGCUGCGGUGUGGUGCCUAGUGGCUGCUGCGGCGUGGUGCCAAGUGGCUGCUGCGGCGUGGCGCAGUCACGGCUGGUGUCUGGCGCAAGUGGUUGCUGCGGUGUGGUGCCAAGUGGUUGCUGCGGCGUGGUGUGAGGUGCAGGCGCAGUCACGGCUGGUGACUGCUGCGGCGUGGUGCCAGGCGCAGGCGCAGUCACGGCUGGCUGCUGCGGCGUGGUGCCAGGUGCAGGUGCUGCUAGCGGUGGCUGUUGCGGCGCUGUCGCAGCUGGUUCUGUCGCAGCAGGCGCAGGUGCUGUUGCGGCUGGUGGCGGUUGCGGUGUGGUGCCAGGUGGUGGCUGCUGUGGCGUUGUGCCAGGGGGCGGUUGCUGCGGCGUGGUGCCAGGCACAGGCACGGUGGCUGAUGCUGGCGGUGGCUGUGGCGCGGCCUUGGCGCACUUGCGUGCCGGACUUGCGGGUGGCCUCACUGCGUGAGCUGCCCGUGCUGCGUUGA